CUGAGCCGGCCGGCGAGUUAGGACUGUAAAUUGCGGCUGGUUUUGGUGCAUUGGGUUUAACACUGACGGCGGCCAUGAGAGAGAGGCGGACUCCGCAGCCGGUGGUAGCCCGGUGUAAGCUGGUGUUGGUGGGGGAAGUCCACUGUGGCAAGACGGCCAUGCUGCAAGUGCUAGCCAAGGACUGCUACCCUGAGACCUAUGUGCCCACGGUGUUUGAGAACUACACGGCCUGCCUGGAGACGGAGGAGCAGCGGGUGGAGCUCAGCCUGUGGGACACCUCUGGCUCCCCUUAUUAUGACAAUGUGCGUCCCCUGUGCUACAGUGACUCAGAUGCCGUCCUGCUCUGCUUUGAUGUCAGCCGCCCUGAGACCAUGGACAGUGCGCUGAAGAAGUGGAAAACAGAAAUCAUGGACUACUGCCCUAGCACCCGUGUGUUGCUGAUUGGUUGCAAGAUAGACCUGCGGACAGAUCUCAGCACCCUGAUGGAACUGUCCCACCAAAAGCAAGUCCCUGUCUCUUAUGAACAGGGUUGUGCUGUUGCCAAGCAGCUUGGAGCCGAAACCUAUCUGGAGUGUUCAGCCUUCACGUCAGAGAAGAGUGUUCACAGCAUCUUCCGGACAGCAGCCUCCAUCUGCCUCAGCAAGCCUGGGCCCCAGACCCCCAAGAGCCCGGCUCGAAGCUUCCCCAAGAGACUCCUCCGCUUGCCCAGCAGAUCUGAGCUCAUCUCCUCCACUUUCAAGAAGGAAAAAGCAAAAAGUUGCUCCGUUAUGUGAAGUGGCCACCCGCUUCUGGGAGCAGGGGGUGGUGGCGGCAGCAAUGACAAAGGAACCAGUGUGGACACUGGACCCUCCAGUUGACUCUUCUGGGGUUGGGACUGGGGGGAGGCAGCUUAGUUCCUAUGGGCCAGACCCUAGAGGAUCCAGAAGGGUCCAGUUUCCCCCACUCUCCCUGGCUUGGGCGGGCCUGUCAUCCCUUCCGCAUUGCAAUGCUUCCCACCAUGCAGCUGCGGUGUGUGCUUCCAGGCAUAGCCCCGAGGGGGAGAUCGGAGUCUGGCUGGACUGCAACCAUGAAGGUUGGCCCAAGAUCAGCCUUGUUCUGGAGGGCCUUUGGGGCUUGGCAUAGCAACAUCUUGGAUGGUGGGGUCUGCUCUUCCUACUUGAAGGCUUCAAAAGAAACCGUGUCUCCCCCUCCCCCUUCUGAUGCACAGUUAAUAAUAAUAAUCUCAUGGGCCCUGGUCUGGUCAUCUUCUCCAUCUGCUGCUUGUCUUGUUGCCUGUUGGGGGCAGGCUGAUUGUGGACUCCUCUCCCUUCUUCCGGCCACCUCCCACCCCCUCUGUGCCCAACACCCCCUGCCCUGCCCUCCCCUCCGCUGCCCCUUCUCCCUCUAGGAUCCAGGUGUCUGGGCUCCCUCUCCUUCUCCCUCUGAGGUGGGAAGUGGGAGGUGCAAGGAGAGGGGAACGUGACUGUUUUAUAGACAUUGUCUCUUUGUGUGUGGGAAGGAAAGGAAAUGGGGUGGGCGGGGAAUCUGUUAAGUGUUCAGUGUUAUUAAAAAGAGAACUUAUUUAUUAAUGAAAAUAUAAUGCAGAUUAACAA